CAUCAAGCUUUCCAGCGUAGCUGCAGUAGAACGCCACAAGGCUGAAAGUGGCAGCCUCCCCAGAACAUCAGCAGACGUCGCACCACGAACACCACGAGUGUUCAAAAACAGGUUAACAUCAGCCUUUUUCAUUCACACAUGGCGGGAUCCCUUGAUAUUGCCUAUACUGUUGGCACAUGGUUAGCUGCCAGGUUAGCCAUGAUUGCGUUAUUUAGAGUUCUAAGCCUAUGGCUACUAUGGCGAAAUCUCCUAUCGCCGCGACAUAUUACGUUGAAGGCCGUCGACGACAACGAUCAGAGCUCCGUUUCGAAGAGACUUCGUAUCUGGAGAGAUACUCACGCAUUCAGAAGAAUUAACGUGCCCUCCCUGGUGGAGUCUGCAAGGCUCUCUACAUCCACCCGAAGAGAUGGGAUACUACCGGAUACACCUUCGCGGGCAGGUUGGAUCGCUCUUUUGCAAACCUUUCAAGCUUUCUCCGUCCCUUUACCCAGAGGAGGUGACCUUAUCUAAAAGGACAGAGAGACAUGGCUUCCAACCCAUAAGUUAUGGUUCCCAGCGCUAGGGCUCCUGCGCAGAUUUGACACUCGCCUGGAUCGGGGGCAAUCUA